AGAAUAUUUCACUACACGUCGUGUACAUCUGAUACAAAGUAAUAUCAUAAUAAUAAAACAAAAAACCUCACAAUGCCGGUCAGUCAAUCUAAUUCUCUGAUUCUUACAACUAUAUGUUUUGUAAUUUUGUUGUUAGAAAUUUACUUAAAAGUCUUUAAAAAUACAUACCAUACAAUGAACGUUAAUAUAAGAAUUUUACAGCCCAAAGGCAAGCAAGGAACAAAAGGCCAGAAGCAAAUCGCUACUGAAAAUCAGGAUACCCUACGAUUUUAUCAAAUCCUUAUCGGUGGAGUUAAUACUGUCUACUUUGCUCUAACUUUCACGUUUUUUUGGAGUUCGUUUACUACUUUCUAUAUGUUUCUAGUGUGUGGCGUUUUAGCAACAUAUUAUGGGUCUUAUAAAUUUAUGUCUAGUAUGGCAACUCCAACGUAUGCCCCUGAUGGGUCUCUUUUCGAUGCAGGCUCGGAUCUUAAUAUUUCCGGAGGUGUAUCCGAACACGUUAAAGACGUAAUCCUGCUGACAGCUAUCUGUCAAGGUCUGUCUCUGAUAUCCAACUAUUUUUGGUUGUUUCUACUGUUGGCUCCAAUAAGGGCAUUCUACCUCUUAUGGGUUAAUAUACUUGGGCCAUGGUUUUUCGCACCUGCACCGGAACCCGCAGAAGAAGAAGAGAAGAAAGCCAAAAAACAAGAGAGGAAAAUGAAGCAUAAAAUCAUUCGAUAA